GCUGAUCUUAACACUAAUAUAAGUGCAUCUCUUCAACAAUGAGUUAAAUUCACCAUCCCCAAUAUCUAUUUCCUGCAACAUUAUUACAAGAUCAUGGAUUGUUCCAACAAACAUGAAAUUGCUGUCUUGACAGAGGUCCUUAGCAUUGCAGCCAUGGUUCUUUGCAUCCAAGUCGCAAUUUCCAAUGCUGCUUGCCACGAAAACGAGAAGCAAGCUCUUUUGGCGUUCAAGCAAGACCUGACAGAUCCUGCAAAUCGACUUGCUUCUUGGACUGCUGAUCGGGAUUGCUGCAACUGGGCCGGAGUUGUUUGCCACAACAGAACCGGUCAUGUCCUGAAGCUCCGCCUGGGGAAUCUCCAUGAUCCCAAUGAAGAUCUCGUCUUACCUGGAAAGGUUUUCGAGAGCACAGGAAUUGGUGGAAAAAUAAAUCCUUCUUUGCUCGAUCUGAAGCAUCUCCGGUACUUGGAUUUAAGUGGAAGUGAUUUUGGAGGAGUGGAGAUUCCCAAAUUCCUGGGUUCUUUACAGAAUCUAAGGUAUCUGAAUCUCUCUAUUUCUGGGUUUGGAGGACUAAUUCCUCCUGAACUAGGAAAUCUGACGAAUCUCCGGUACCUCGAUAUCGAAGGUCUUUUCCCAAUUUUGUUCUCAGAGAAUCUUCAAUGGCUCUCCAAUCUUCAACAACUGCAAUACCUGGAUUUGAGCACCAUGGAUCUUAGCAGAGCUUCAGAUUGGUUACAGGUAACCAAUGAACUCCCUUCUUUGGUAGAAUUGCGGCUGCCUUAUUGUCAGCUUGGUCAUAUUCCUCGAAACCGUUUGAUCUUGAAUGUAAGUUCAAAUUGGGUGCCGCCUUUUCGACUUGGGGUCAUAGGUCUGUCAUCAUGGAAUUUAGGCCCGAGUUUUCCCUCUUGGCUUCGUUUCCAGAAGGACUUUGUCUAUUUGGACAUUUCUCUUGGAGGGAUUUCUGACACAAUACCAAACUGGUUUUGGAAUCUGUCUACUCAGUUCUUUAAUCUGAACAUGUCUCACAAUCAUAUUCAGGGGAAAGUUCCAGAAGUUUUUGAUAUUUCUCCUCCUCUGGUUGGCUACCCUGUAUCCAUUGAUCUAAGCUCCAAUCUCUUCGAAGGUUCGUUACCCUGUUUGUCCUCAAAUGUUGAAACUCUAGAGCUGUCCAACAAUUCAUUUAGCGGUAUGAUUUCCCGCUUCCUGUGUUACAAAAUGGACGAACCGAAGAUCCUGGAAAAUCUUCAUCUUGCUGAUAAUCAUCUCACAGGGAAAAUCCCUGAUUGUUGGAUGAAUUGGCCCUACUUGCUUUCCAUUGACUUGAAAAACAAUGACCUGACCGGAAACCUUCCGAGCUCAAUUGGGACUUUAACUCAUCUUCGAUCCCUUCAUCUUCGCCGUAACAACCUUUCUGGAGUUCUACCGGAUUCAAUGCAGAACUGUACAGCACUCCUAGCUCUGGACCUCAGUGGGAAUUCUUUCACCGGAGACAUUCCUUCUUGGAUUGGUGAAACCCUGUCCAAUAUCAUAAUCACCAGCCUUGGUUCUAACAAUUUCCGAGGUCAGAUUCCUGAAACACUUUGUUCACUUUCUUACCUUACAAUUCUAGACCUUGGACACAACAGUGUGUCCGGGGAUAUACCCAAAUGUUUCAUGAAUUUCAGUGCAAUGUCCAUAAAACGGAACUCGAGCGUCCCAAUUUCUUAUUCUUUCGGACACUUCGGCCAAUCCUUGGAAACAACAUUGUUAAUGAUCAAGGGAAUUCUGCUUGAAUACAGCACCACGCUGCGUCUUGUUACAAGCAUAGACCUCUCUGACAACAAUUUAUCUGGCAUAAUCCCUGAGGAAAUCACUAGUCUUGUGGGGUUGUUUUCCUUGAAUUUGUCAACGAAUCACUUGACCGGACAUAUUCCAGGGACAAUAGGCCAAAUGGGAUCAUUGGAAUCUCUUGAUCUCUCUUACAACCAGCUUUCCGGACAAAUUCCUCUGAGCAUGUCUUACUUGACAUUCUUGAGUGUCUUGGACUUGGCUUACAACAAUUUGACAGGGAAAAUUCCGUCAAGCACUCAGCUUCAGAGCUUUAGCGCGUCAAACUUUGCAGGGAACAGUCUUUGUGGGCCUCCGGUGACGGCCAACUGCAGCACGAAUGGUCCAACUGCCGGUGGUGGGGAUGAUGGGAGAGAUGAUGAUGGAGGGAAAGUGGAUUGGCUGUGGUUUUUUGUGAGUAUGGCUCUGGGAUUUGUUGUGGGAUUUUGGGGGUUUAUGGGUCCUCUGUUCUUUGUUAAGUCCUGGAGAUGGGCUUAUUAUGGUGUGCUAGACGACCUUUGGUAUAGGAUAUAUUACUCCCGUUUAUGCUAAUAAUUGAGGUAUUAUAAUCCAAGAAAUUGCCUAUGUUGAAGUAUGUGGAAAUGUAAGAACUUUUGUUUGAAAAAAUGAAAUUUAGUUGCUCUG